AUGGACCAAUUUAAAAAGCUUACCCGCCGCGUAACCACCAGCCUAAAAGACAGCCCCCCCUCAUCACCAACACCCCCAAACCCAAAAAGCGUAUUCUCAACAACUCCACCUCCCCUCCUCCGCCGCCUCUCCCACCGCAUUACCAACAGCCUCACCAGCCUCACCAGCCUCACCGACAAACCCCCCUCCUCGCCAAUCUACAAGCCCCCCAAAAGCGAAUCCUCCACGCUGAUAGCCCCCCGGGUCCGCAGCCUCUCCCGCCGCGGCGGCACAAAACCAAUCCCCCACCUCCCCCACCGCAUCCCGGACCCGGACCCCACGCAGCCUACCCCAGGCGGAAGAGGCACAACAAACGCCGGCUCCCUCCGGCGCGUCCGCGAAAAGUAUAUACGAUGGACACCCCGCCCCGACGGCGAAUGGGACGCCCACUGGAAAGGCGCCAGCAUCCCCUCGGCCAACCAGGCCCUCGCCAUGCUGGAAUGGUACGCCGUCCACGGCGUCUACGCAUUCCCCGUGAUCCACGCCGUCUCGCGCUUGAGCUGUGGCGCGACAAACGCCUUCUUCCUCGUCGAGUUCGAGCCGGAUUCCAAGGCACGGCGACUACCGCAACAGGUCAUCCUUCGAAUCAGCCUGCCCGUCUGCCCCCGCGAAAAGCUCGAGUCCGAGGUCGCGACCAUGGUUUUCGCCAAGCAGGUGUCCCCGGCCUUAGUUCCUCAGAUCCUCGUCUUUGACUCGAUUGGUCGGAACCCGCUGGGGUUGGAGUGGAUGAUUAUGGAGCUGCGUACCGGCUUCCCGCUGCUCAGCGCGAUCGAGGAGAGUCACAUCCUCACGGCAUACGACUUACACCUGGUCAAGCCGGAUACCGGCUUGGAUGGGUUUAUAGACAUAUCGCCCGAGGCCAUGCCGCCCCUGAAUGAGGAGGAUGCGAGAGCCAUCGGAAGAGAAGUACAAAUCUUUCUCUCUAGGCUGCAGAGCGCCGAGCCGGCCGUCACGUAUAAGUACAUUGGCAGUCUGCGUAUCGACUGGUCAAAGAAAGAAUUCUUCACUGGCCCUAUAGUUCACCCUCACUUCUACAGCGCUGAUAGAUAUUGGCAGGUGCAGGACAACGGCCCGUUCAGGUCGAUUGACGAUUACAUCAACGCCUACACGGCGGCCUGGGAGCCCGAACUCAAAAGCUCUCCUGAUGUGAAUCAACGCAUCAGGAAAUUGCGGGAGGUUUCCCUGGACAUGACAGGGCGUCUUAGCUUCAGUGUAGCUAAUCACUGGACAGUAGAAGCUAGUCAUGGCAGCGUGAAUGGCUGGACCGUGACGUUGGUCCAUCCUGACCCCCACCCAGGUACCAUCCUCUUCGACGGGAAACGGAAAUUGGCAACCGUCCUGGGAUGGGAGAAUGCGGUGGUAAUACCAGCGCCGCUGCGAAACCUUCCUGUGGCGUUGGACCAGGUGAUGCAAGGAUAUGGGGUGGCAGAGGCCAUUGAACCUAUGCAAGUAAAGGUACGAGACGCAUUGCCCGUGAGCAAAAGGUAUGUGGAAAUUUCGUCGGUGCGUGGAUGGGCGAAGAGGAACGUUUCUGAGUCAUUGGAGCCUGUGAUGGGUUUCCAAGGAGGAGUAGAUGCCUCGAUGCAAGCAUUGAAGAUGGCGUGUGAAGGCAUGAUGGAGAAGCGAGGUAAGGAUUGGAUUGCGGAUGUCCAUUUUGAGCUCUUUGGCCACGUGUACGGGAAGAAAUAUUACGAGCUCUACCCUGUUACGAAUCACUAG